UAGUAUAACAAAAACCUCAAAGAAGAAACAAAAAAGAAAGACAGAGCAAACGAAAAUGGAAAUGCUCCUCUGUUUCUUUUUCCUCUUACCUCUUUUCUUAAUCUUCUUGAAAAACCUCAAACCUUCGAAAUGGAAGCUGCCUCCGGGACCAAAGAAGCUUCCGAUCAUCGGAAACUUACAUCAACUCCAUGAACUACCUCCCAGGAACCUCUCCCCAAACUACGGACCAGUGAUGCUUCUGCGGUUUGGUUUCGUUCCCGUGGUGGUGAUCUCAUCUAAAGAAGCAGCAGAGGAAGUGCUCAAGAUCCAUGACCUAGACUGUUGUAGCCGACCAGAGACAGCAGGGACAAGAAAGAUCUCUUACAAUUUUAAAGACAUUGGAUUCGCUCCUUAUGGUGAAGAGUGGAAGGCGAUGAGGAAGCUCUCAGUGGUGGAGCUUUUCAGCACAAAGAAGCUAAACUUUUCUAGGUAUAUCAGAGAGGAGGAGAAUGACUUGUUGGUCAAGAAACUGAUGGACUCUGCUUCGAGACGAUCUCUGGUGAAUCUGAAGAGAACGCUUCACACGUUAGUCGGAAGUAUUGUAUGUAGGAUCGGGUUUGGGAUAAAUCUACAUGAGUGUGAGUUCAUAGAUGAAGAUAGAGUCGUGGAUCUUGUGCACAAGUCUGAGUUACUAGAGAUGACUUCUUUGUUCUCUGACUUUUUCCCGGGAGGGAUCGGUAGAUUCAUGGAUUGGUUAUCUGGUCAGAAAAAGAGAUUGGAUCUUGUUUUCUCUGACCUUGACACUUUCUUUCAGAACAUUCUCAAUGAUCAUCUUAAGCCUGUGAGAAGAGAUGCGGAGAGCUCUGAUAUAAUCAACGUGAUGGUCGAUAUGAUGGAGAAGCAGAGAGAUGGAGACUCGUUCAAGCUCACUACGGAUCAUCUCAAAGGAAUGAUCUCGGACAUAUUUGUAGCAGGGGUUAGCACAAGCGCAUCCACUAUGAUAUGGGCGAUGACUGAGUUGAUUAGAAACCCUAGAGUGAUGAAGAAAGUACAAGAUGAGAUUCGGACAACACUCGUGGACAAGGAGAGUCUCAGAGAAGAAGAUCUAAACAAGCUUCACUACUUUAAACUAAUGGUCAAGGAGAUAUUUAGGUUACACCCAGCAGCUCCACUUUUGCUACCAAGAGAGACAAUGUCUCACAUCAAGAUCCAAGGCUAUGAUAUUCCCAAAAAGACACAGAUCUUGGUCAACGCUUACGCGAUAGCACGUGACCCGAACGUGUGGAAGAACCCUGAUGAGUUUGAUCCUGAUAGGUUUUUAGAGAGUUCCGUAGAUUACAAGGGAGUAAACUUUGAGCUUUUACCGUUUGGUUCUGGUAGGAGAAUCUGUCCAGGGAUGGCUAUGGGAAUCACACUUGUUGAAUUAGGGUUAUUGAAUUUACUUUACUUCUUCGACUGGGGAUUGCCGGAAGAGGUAGAAGCUGAGAGGAUCAUUAAGGACAACGAUGUUGCUCUUGACCUCGUUCAAGUUAUUCGCCACUGA